AUGCUUGCGACAAUGAACGGUGCCACGCCCGCCCAACCCACCCACCUCGAUCAGUCCGCCGUUCAAGACAGCGCGGCCCCCGACUAUGCAGGGGACGACAGGCUCUGUCCAGGAUGCGGCAACUCCGCCUUCACCGAGCAGGGCGGUCUCGUCGUCGCGUUUGGUCAAUCACUCUUCCAUGUCGGCUGCUUCAAGUGCGCCAAAUGCCAUAACCAGGUUACCGCCGACACAAACCUACUUCUUCUCUCCGACGGCUCGCCCAUAUGCGCCAACUGUUCCUACAACUGCAGUCUCUGCCACCAGCCCAUCCUCGAUGAGGCCAUCAUGACCGGCGACGACUCCUUCCACGCCCACUGCUUCACCUGCAAAGUCUGCAAGAACAGGAUCGACGACCUCGUAUUCGCUAAGACCAGUCAAGGCAUCUACUGCAUGAAGUGUCAUAACGACCGCAUGAUCAGAAUCAGGAAGCAUACCCAGCGCAAGGCAGAACGAGAGCGUGCAGCGGGAGGUAGUGGCAACUCCAAGUCGCGUGAGCGACAGUACCACAGGGAAGGACAAACUCCCGUCUCUGCGACAGAGUCGUUCGAUCGUCAUCGACAGCAAACCGGGGACAGGUCGACACCCGUUACCCCAUCGGUACCUUCAUCAGCGAACCCGCUGUCUCGUCAAGACAGUGCUAAUGCAGCGCCGCCCUCUGUCACUGUGGCCCCUCCUCAGGAUCAUGGAGAGCAUCAGCCUGGCUUUCAACAUCCGCCUAUGCACCGUACCGCUUCGGCUUCGUCUGUGGAGACCUCGAGGAGCGAUGUGAAGCGCAAAGCGUUGCCUGCCUACGCCGCCUUUGCUGAGCAAGAACAAGAGCGAGCAGGGUACGCGACCAAACCUUUGCAUAUACCGAACAAACCGAGCCGUGAUCUUACUGUGUCUGAAAGCUCGAACAGCGGCUUGACUCCUACCGACGAGGCGCGGCGCAAUAAGCGACGGUCUAUCAACCCUGGGCUCAGCCUCACCAACCUCAACGGACCUGUUAGUCCGCCACAAUCCUCCCCUUCGCUCUCGCCCCUCUCAGCGUCCUUCCCUGGGCGUCCUUCGACCUCUUCUCGGUCUCCGACACCUCCUUCUGUGCCCGACAAUGGCAGCUCUUCUCGUACCCCUAGUCCAUCGCCGAGUCAGUUCCAUACGUCGCCGACAACUCCCAGCGAACGCACCUUACCACUUACGCCUGACGAAAUGAACGGCCGGGCUGCUUCCCUGGAUCGGCCUCCUCUUUUACACAGCGAGUCCUCGCCUGCUGCGCCGUACCCACACCAUGGUCUUGACAACGCACGCUCUAUGCCCGAUGUCCGUGGUAAGGUGCAACAAUUGUCGGACGAUUCGCUUUCCGCAGGCGCCGGGUUGCGACCACAACGGUCGUUUGACGAGCGCUCUACUCGGGGGGCGUCACCAAACCCAGGACGCACUCGCUCUGGGAGUCAUGCCGGUCGAGACGAUCCUACGUCUCCUACGCAUCGCGUCGACGUCCCCAUGGGCAUCGAGAGCGGUACGGAUACGGAGGCCGAGGGGGAUGGAUCGACUCGCAGUGGUCAACCCAAGAGGAGCUUGGACCGCCGACCAUCUGCGUCCGCGGAGGACCCCGUCUCGCCCGACAGUGCGUCAGAGGACCUGCACGAAUCGACGCCCGUCGAGCGCACGUCUAUCGCAACCUACAUCGCCCCUGCCUUGCCACCCAUCCGCUUUUCCAUGAACACCGCCGACUUUUCCGAGCUCUUCUCAGGCAUGAGCAAAGGCGGUUCUGGGUCGAUGAGCUCCGCGGACAUCCAGAAGAAGCUGGCCAUGCUCGCGGAGAAGUCGGACAACAAGGACGCGGCGGCGAAGCUGGAGGCUCGCGCGAAGGCGGCCGCCGACUCCGCGGAUGCGGGAGACGACGCGCUGACUCCGACGUCUGAGAAACCGAAUGCGCUGCCCCAGAGGCCUUCAACGGCCCAUGGGUCGGAGGGAAAGCAUCAUAAGGCGACGGCGAAUGGUACAUCAUUGUGA